AUGGACAACCCCGUGGCCGCCAAUAUUCUGGGCACGGCGGGGGCCGUCUGCUGGUCCAUCCAGCUCAUACCGCAAAUUAUCAAGAAUUACCGGCUGCACAGUACCAAGGGCCUCCAUCAUUCCAUGUACAUUUCCUGGGCCUUUGCCGGCAUCCCCUCGGCGCCUACAACCUCGCGCAAAAUCUUAAUAUCGCGCUGCAGCUCCGUUCUCUGUGCCGCCGUGAUUGGCGGGGCCGAAACGGGCUUGUAUUUUGCGCUGAGGUUAGGCCGAAGACGUGGUGUGGAGUGGCCGAUGAUCCUCGUCGCCGUCCUCGCAGCCGUGCUACUGGCCAUUGGCGUGCUGCGGUACUACUGGGAAAUCUACAAGGCAAGAUCUGUCCAGGGCAUUUCGUACAUGUUUGUGCUCGUCGAUGCGGGAGGAGACUUGGUGUCCAUCCUUGCCAUCGUUUUCAGCCCUCGGAUCGACGAGUCCUACACCGUCUCACCUUUUCUCUUCGAAUCAGACUCCGCGUCUCGCCUUCACCCCUUCACCGCAGGUUGCCCGUCAUCGGACUUGGACCACUUUUGUGCCUGCUCUGAAACCCGAAUCCCGAUUCCGCCCACGCAAGAUGGACAAUUCCUCUUUUACAUAAUCAUCUCCACCCCGGACGUGCACGGUGCUCGAUCGGAUUGGCAGGGGUUUCCGGACCUCGAACCCCGGGUUUCCGUGCCUUUGGGCGACGCCGGAGAGCGGAAACGCCUGCUCCAAGCAGAAAUCACUUAUAAAACUUGA